UCGUAAAGUUACGUUGAAGCAAUCCCAAGCCUUAACCCCACAAAAUAUAGUUUAAAUUGAGAAAUGUUGAGUGAAAAUUGAAUGAGAUAAGAAAAUGAACAAGAUACGCAUCGUGCAUAGAUCCUCCAGAUUAUUUCAACCAUUGAAUCCCGUACAGAAAAAUAUUCAAGCUAAAAAUGUAGAUUUAACAUCCUUAAGCCAAAAGCUAAUGCUUGAUCUUGGCAUCAUAAAACAAUCGAGUCCAGGCAGUUUCCAUUAUCUGCCGUUGGCUGUUCGCUCACUAAACAAACUCACAAAGAUUGUCGAUGAGGAGAUGGCAAACAUUGAUGCACAAAAAGUGAUAUUCCCGACAUUAACUUAUUCCAAACUGUGGGAGAAAACAGGAAGGAUUAGCGAUGUUGAUUCUGAGCUGUUCAAAGUCAAGGAUAGGCAUGAUGGUAGUUACAUUUUAAGUCCAACUCACGAAGAGGCUGCUGCUGAUCUGCUAGCAACUAUAACACCAAUGUCCUAUAAGCAGUUUCCACUGAAACUGUAUCAAAUCAGCAGCAAGUUCAGGGAUGAAAUGAAACCCAGGUUUGGGUUGAUGAGGGCCAGACAGUUCAUCAUGAAAGAUCUGUACAGCUUCGAUCUUAACAUGGAAUUGGCGCGUGCCACCUACGACCAAGUCUGCGAGGCUUACGAAAGAAUCUUUAAAUUGAUUGGAAUUAAUUUCGUUAAAGUCUUGGGUACAACUGGAAAUAUGGGAGGCAGUAUUUCCAAUGAAUUCCAUUUUAUUUCGAAAAUUGGAGAGGAUAAGAUAUUGAGUUGCGGCAGUUGUGGUUACCGUGCUAACGUUGAAUUGGCCGGCGACGAAUUGCAAUGUCCGGUUUGCGGAAACAACGAUAAAGACUUAAUCAAAAAUGGAAUAGAGGUGGGACACACGUUUCUGCUGGGUGAGAAGUACUCGAAGCCUCUGAACGCAAACUUCAUGGGGAUAAAUUCGAAUGCGGUCGCGUUGCAGAUGGGCAGUUACGGGCUGGGAAUAUCGCGGAUCUUGGCCGCUGCCAUCGAAGUUGGUUCACUGGAACACGAGAUCAGGUGGCCGGAUGUUCUCGCCCCCUACAGCAUCAUCAUAAUUUCCCCGAAGGAUGGAAGCAAGGAGGAUUCUGCGGUGAAGGAUUUGCCGUUGGAAAUGUACAGGACUUUGGACGGCGUUUUCUGCGACGAGGUCCUGCUGGACGACAGGAACGCUCUGACUAUCGGGAAGAGGGUUCUGGAUGCGAAGAGAACGGGAUAUCCGUACAUCGUGGUGGUCGGCAGUAAAGCCACGGAGACGCCCGCCAGGUUGGAGGUGAUCGACGUGAAAAACGACGAGCAGCAUUAUCUGAGCAAGGACCAACUUGUCGACUUCCUUCAAGGAAAUUGCGCAAAUAAAUCGCAUAGUGUUACGAACUGAAUAUU